AUGGGAGCAAGGCUUCGAAAUUUCUUUGUUUCUAGUAACUUUUGUAGCACGGCAGGCGCUGCUGCUGACAAGUCUGGGUCAAUGGGACUAGCAGCCGUACAUUUUGGGUGCCCUAGCGUGAAGAAAAGCCAAAGAUAUUGCGCUUUGGACCUUCAUUCUCAGCUGAAGGAAUUGAUCCCAGAACAACAGGAGCGCCUGAAGAAGAUUAAGACAGAGCUUGGAAAAGUUCAGUUGGGAAAUAUUACUGUUGACAUGGUGCUUGGUGGGAUGAGAGGAAUGACUGGAUUGCUGUGGGAGACUUCGUUACUUGAUCCAGAUGAGGGAAUUCGCUUUAGGGGUCUGUCAAUUCCUGAAUGCCAAAAAUUGUUGCCAGCUGCAAAGCCUGGUGGAGAACCUCUGCCAGAGGGUCUUCUUUGGCUUCUUUUAACUGGAAAGGUACCAAGCAAAGUGCAAGUUGAUGCCUUGUCAAAGGAAUUGCGUGACCGUGCCACCGUUGCAGAUUAUGUCUUUAAGGCCAUUGAUGCACUACCAGUUACAGCUCAUCCCAUGACUCAGUUUGCAGCUGGUGUUAUGGCCCUACAGGUAGACAAAUGGUUUGAAGACCCAACUCUUGUUCAGAGUGAAUUUCAGAAAGCAUAUGAAAAAGGGAUUCACAAAUCCAAGUACUGGGAGCCAACGUAUGAGGAUUCUCUUAGUCUGAUUGCUCGUGUGCCAAUAGUAGCUUCAUAUGUUUAUCGAAGGAUUUACAAAGACGGAAAAGUUAUUCCUAAGAAUGACUCUUUGGAUUAUGGUGGAAAUUUUUCGAACAUGCUGGGAUUUGAUAGUCCUCAGAUGCAAGAGCUUAUGAGGCUUUAUCUUACAAUCCAUAGUGAUCACGAAGGUGGGAAUGUCAGUGCUCAUACUGGUCACCUGGUUGCUAGUGCACUUUCAGAUCCUUACCUUUCAUUUGCAGCUGCAUUGAAUGGUUUGGCUGGGCCACUCCAUGGCUUGGCAAAUCAGGAAGUUCUCCUUUGGAUCAAAUCUGUGGUAGAAGAGUGUGGAGAGAAUAUAACCACAGAACAACUUAAAGACUACGUUUGGAAAACAUUAAAUAGCGGAAAGGUUGUUCCUGGAUUUGGUCACGGAGUUUUGCGUAAAACUGAUCCAAGAUAUACAUGUCAGAGGGAGUUUGCAUUAAAGCAUUUACCUGAUGAUCCAUUGUUCCAGCUGGUUUCUAAGCUUUAUGAAGUUGUACCCCCAAUUCUUACUGAGCUGGGCAAGGUUAAAAACCCAUGGCCUAAUGUUGAUGCUCACAGUGGGGUGUUGCUGAACUACUAUGGUUUAACUGAAGCUAGGUACUUCACAGUACUAUUCGGUGUAUCAAGGAGUAUUGGCAUUUGCUCUCAGCUGAUAUGGGACCGAGCUCUUGGAUUGCCACUUGAGAGGCCGAAAAGUGUUACAAUGGAAUGGAUUGAGAAUCACUGCAAGAAAGCAGCUUCAUCCUGA